AUGGAGUUGGUUUCUCAAUUACUGGUGGUGGAGAUGCUACUAAUCACAGCAGCAACUGCAACACCUCAAGCCAAGGAUGGCUGCCAACAUCAGUGUGGAGACUACGAAAUCCCAUUUCCAUUCGGAACAACUCCUGCUUGUUACCUAAACGAAGAUUUCCUCAUCACUUGCAACCAAACCUAUAAUCCUCCCAAACCAUUUUUACGGAAAACACUUAAUCCUGUUACCCACAUAAGCGUCGACGGUCAGUUGCAGGUGUUGAGCACUGUAGCAAAAGACUGCAAUGGAGGAGGAGUCACGUCCGGGAACUUGGAAAGCAAGUUUGAUUUGAAAAAAUUCAGCAUCUCUAACAACGACAACAAGUUCACAGUUAUUGGCUGUAACAGCUACGCUACCAUUGAGGGUCGGAAAUCUGGUCAUUCGUUCUUAACUGGCUGCAUUUCUUUAUGUGAUGACAUUGAAGAUGUGGAAAACGGAUCUUGUACCGGCGCUGGCUGUUGCCAGAUAGAUAUUCCUCGAGGUCUACAACAUAUACAUUUUACGGUUCAUAGCUAUGACGAUGAGGACAAUGUAUCCAAGUUCAAUAAUGGUAGAUGCACUUAUGCUUUCGUUGUUGCAAAAAGCAAGUUCAGUUUCUCCUCCAAUUACCUUAAUAAUUUACCGGAUGAUAAGUUUCCUAUAGUGCUUGACUGGACAAUAACUGGGGAUGGCAACUGUACGGAAAGAAGCAACAAGUCAGAUAACGCGUGCAAUGAAAACGCAGUGUGUUAUGUGCCUAAGGAUCAGCAGAGAUCUGGUUAUCGGUGUGAGGAUGGGUACCAAGGGAACCCAUACCUCUCUCAUGGUUGCCUAGACAUUAAUGAAUGCGAGAAUUCGACACUCAAUGAUUGUGUAUAUGGUCAUAUAUGUGAAAACACAGAAGGGAGUUAUAGAUGCAGGUGCCGGAAGGGGUACCACGGGGAUGGAAGAAGAGGUGGAGAAGGUUGUUUUUCUAAUCCAUUUUCAGUGACUGUGAUCGUUCUUGGUACUGGGAUACUCUUUCUGGUUCUUCUCUGCAGUAGCUCAUGGCUCUACUUGAUGUGGAAGAAAAGAAAGCUCGUCAAGCUCAAAGAAAAGUACUUUCAGCAAAAUGGUGGUUUUCUUUUACAAGAGCAACUUGCAAAACGCUCUGGAUCUUCUGAUUCUGCCAAAAUUUUCACUGCUAAAGAACUCGAGAAGGCAACCAACAACUAUUCUUGUGAUAGAAUCAUUGGCCGAGGAGGAUUUGGCACAGUGUAUAAAGGAUUCUUAACAGACAAUGACAAUAGCCCAGUUGCCAUAAAGAAGUCCAAAGUAGUGGACAAAAGUCAAAUGGACCAAUUCAUUAAUGAGGUGGUUGUGCUCUCUCAAAUCAACCAUAGGCAUGUAGUCAAGCUAUUGGGCUGUUGUUUGGAGACGGAAGUUCCUUUACUGGUUUAUGAGUUUGUGAGCAAUGGAACCCUUUUUGAACACAUCCAUAGUAGAGAUAAGACGUCCACUAUUUCCUGGGAAACACGUCUUAGGAUAGCAGCAGAAACAGCAGAAGUACUUUCCUAUUUGCACUCUGAUGCUUCUACUCCAAUUAUCCAUAGAGAUGUCAAGUCUUCCAAUAUACUCUUAGACGAUAAUUACAACGCAAAAGUGUGUGAUUUUGGAGCUUCAAAGUUAGUUCCAAUGGAUGUAACUCAAUUGUCCACAAUGGUACAGGGAACUCUUGGGUAUUUGGAUCCAGAAUACAUGCACACUAGCCAAUUAACUGAGAAAAGUGAUGUUUACAGCUUUGGAGUAGUCCUUAUGGAGCUAAUGACAGGAAAGAAGCCAAUCUUGUUUGACAGGCCUGAGGAAGAGAGAAAUCUGGUUGUGUAUUUUCAUUUGUUAUUGAAAGAGGGUUGCUUAUUUGAAAUUAUUGACAGUAAUAUAGUGAACGAUGGGAACAAGAAGAAGCUGGAGGCAGUGGCCGAGCUAGCAACAAUGUGUGCAAGUUUGAAUAGAGAGGAGAGACCAACAAUGAGGGAAGUAGCAAUUGAAUUAGAAAGAUUGAAAAUGAUGCAUGGCCACAACUUGCAGGAUAAUGUUGAAUUGAGAGCUGCAGUUAACCUUAAAAUGGGUUUGCGUGGAGUGCCUCUCCAAUUCGUGCUACUGCAGAUUCUAUUGAGAACAGCAGCUGCUGCUACAAUUCCUCUAGCCAAGCCUGGCUGCGAGGAUCGCUGUGGAGGCCUCGAAAUUCCUUAUCCUUUCGGUACGACCACUGGUUGUUUCCUAAAUGACGAUUUCUUAAUCACUUGCAACAACUCUUUCAAUCCUCCCCAGCCAUUUCUACGGAAAUCAAAAAUCCCUGUCACAAACAUAACCAUCGAUGGGAGGCUGCAUGUCAUGAGCACCGCAGGACGAGACUGCUACGAAGGGGGCAAGCGGGUAUCUGUGAGCAGGACUCGCCAGUUCUCUCUAUCCGAUUUCUCCAUCUCCAACACCGAAAACAAGUUCACAGUCAUUGGUUGCGAUAGUUAUGCUUACAUUCGAGGUGACUUAGGAAAUCAAACUUACAGAACCGGCUGCAUGUCUUUAUGUGAGAACAUCGACUAUGUCCAAAACGGAACUUGCGCCGGUAUGGGAUGCUGCCAGGUGGAUAUUCCUAAAGGGCUUAAACAAAUCACUUUCACUCCGUAUAGCCAGAGCAAUCACACAAAUGUUUCUGACUUCAAUCCAUGCACCUUUGCGUUUAUUGUUGAACAAAGCCAAUUCAGUUUUUCCUCCAAUUAUCUUUUGAAUAUAUCAGAGAAGUUUCCUACGGUGAUUGAUUGGACAAUCUCUGGGAAUGGCAGCUGUGAAAAUGCAAGCAGAACGGCGCCAUUGAGUUACGCAUGUAAGGAAAACUCCGAGUGUUAUGAUCCUGACGAGGGCGAUUCCGGAUAUCGUUGCAGGUGCAAAACUGGUUACGAAGGAAAUCCAUACCUCUCUAAUGGUUGUCAAGACAUUGAUGAAUGCAAUGACUCAAGUCUCCAUAACUGUGAACACAUAUGUGAUAACCAAGAAGGGAGCUAUACAUGCCAAUGCAGAAAAGGGUACCACGGUGAUGGAAGAAAAGACGGAGACGGUUGUAUACCCAAUCAAUUUUCAGUGGUUAAGGUCACUCUAGGUGUUGGCAUAUCCAUACUGAUUUUGCUUGUGAGUAGCUCUUGGCUCUACUUGGUGCUGAAGAAAAGAAAGCUCAUCAAACUCAAGGAAAAGUUCUUCCAGCAAAAUGGUGGUUUUCUUUUACAGCAGCAACUCUCCAAACGAAGUGGAUCUUCUGAUGCUACUAAAAUAUUUACGGCAGAAGAACUGAAGAAGGCUACCAACAACUACGCUGAUGCUAGAAUCAUUGGCCGAGGAGGCUAUGGCACAGUGUAUAAAGGAUUUUUAGCAGACAAUGGCCCAAUUGCCAUAAAAAAGUCUAAAAUAGUAGAUCAAAGCCAAAUUGAGCAAUUUGUCAAUGAGGUAGUCGUGCUGUCACAAAUCAACCACAGAAAUGUGGUCAGACUUUUGGGUUGUUGUUUAGAGACUGAAGUUCCUUUAUUAGUUUAUGAAUUUGUCAACAAUGGCACCCUCUUUGAGCACAUCCAUAAUAAAGACAAGGCAGAGACUAUUUCUUGGGAAACUCGUCUAAGAAUAGCAUCAGAAACUGCGGGAGUGCUUUCCUAUUUGCACUCUGCAGCUACCACUCCAAUUAUACAUAGAGAUAUCAAGUCUACCAAUAUACUCUUGGACAAUAAUUAUACAGCGAAAGUGUCUGAUUUUGGAGCUUCAAAGUUGGUCCCAAUUGAUGAAACUGAAUUAUCCACAAUGGUGCAAGGAACUCUUGGGUACCUGGACCCAGAAUACUUGCAUACUAGCCAAUUGACUGAGAAAAGUGAUGUCUACAGUUUUGGAGUUGUCCUCGUGGAGCUAAUGACAGGAAAGAAGGCACUUCUGUUUGACAAGCCAGAGGAGCAGAGAAGUCUUGUUAUGUAUUUUCUUACUUCGUUGAAAGAGGGAAGCCUAUUUGAAAUUCUUGAGAGUGAUACAGUAAAUGAUGAGAACAAAGAGCAGCUGAAAGAAGUGGCUGAGGUAGCAAAAAUGUGCUUAAGAGUGAGAGGAGAGGAGAGGCCUACAAUGAGGGAAGUAGCAAUGGCCUUAGAUGGAUUAAAAGUGAUGCCUAAACAUGCAUGGGAUAAUGCUGAAUUGAUUUCAGAAGAGACAAAGUACUUGCUCUGUGAUACGCCCGAUGUUAAUAAAUACGGUGAUGGUAGCACCUCAACGGCAACUGCUGGGUACGACAGCAUCAGAGACCAGAUAGUGGCCGCUGCAUUUAAUAAUGGGAGAUGAUUAUUGCUGCAUGAUUUUAUGAUGUUCUAUUAAGGACUUGAUCAUCACAGAACACAAGUAGGAAUUGGCAAAUUACCUUCUAUUAGAACUUAUUAUGAAAUGAUUUAGCAAUAGCUUCAUGUACAAAA